GAAGGGGAUGUAAAUAGUAAUAGUGGCAGUGAACAGUAGAUGAGUAAAACAAUCUAGCGAAUUAAGUCUGCUUGCAAGUGUUCUACAACCGAUUUCCUCCACAACUCCGACUCAGUUUCCACACAACCACUAACUCUCCUCCACGUGUUGUAUCUCAUUAAACCGACCGGGAAAACUACUAUGGCGGACCAAUCGAGAACCGUCGCCGCUGCGAGGCAGCUGCCUGUCUGCGUGACUGGAGCCAACGGCUUCAUAGGGUCGUGGAUGGUCAAAACCCUUCUCGAGCACGGCUACACAACCAUCCACCUCUCCUUGUUCCCCGGCUCCGACCACUCUCACCUCUUCUCCCUCCCUGGUGCUGCCAGCCCCGCCGUCAGCCUCGUCGUGCACCACGCCGACCUCCUGGACGCUCCUGCCGUGGACAGGGCCGUCGAAGGCUGCGCCGGGGGCGGGAUCUUCCACGUGGCGUCCCCGUGCACGCUCGAAGACCCCAUCGACCCACAGGCGGAACUCGUGGACCCCGCCGUGAAGGGCACCCUGAAUGUUCUCGCAGCCGCCAGGAAGUAUAAGGUGCGGCGCGUGGUGCUCACAUCCUCCAUUUCUGCUAUGGUGCCUAACCCAGGGUGGGCCAGGGGCAUGGUUGUUGAUGAGUCAUCAUGGACGGAUCUUGAUUAUUGCAAGCUGCGCCAGAAAUGGUAUCCUGUUUCGAAAACUUUGGCAGAGAAAGCUGCAUGGGAAUUCGCAAAGGAAAAUGAUAUGGAUGUGGUGGCAAUAAAUCCUGCCACGUGUCUCGGCCAACUUCUGCAGCCUGGAUUGAAUGCCAGCUGUGCAGUGUUGAAAUAUCUGCUGGAAGGGUCGACAGACACACAGGAGUACUAUUGGUUGGGGGCUGUGCACGUCAAAGAUGUUGCCGAGGCCCAACUUUUGCUGUAUGAGACACCUAAUGCCUCGGGUAGAUAUCUCUGCACAAAUGGUAUCAAUCAGUUCAGCGAUUUUGCAGAGAAGGUGUCAAAACUAUUUCCUGAAUUUCCGGUUCACAGAUUUGAUGGCGAAACGCAGCCGGGACUGGUGGCUUGCAAAGAUGCUGCAAAGAGACUGAUUAAUUUGGGUUUAAGUUUUACUCCAAUUGAAGAUGCUGUCAGAGACACAGUAUAUAGCCUUAAAGCAAAAGGAUUCUUGCCAUCAUUUUAACUCCCAAUUUUUUAAGUUGGAUGAUUACUCGAGCAUCUUCUGAUUGUUUAUUUGGUAAUUGGUAUCAUAAUGAGCCCCCAAUAAAUUAUUAUUAUUAUUAUUAUUA